AUGAUUAUAGGCUCCUUAAAUGUUCGUGGGUGUGGUAAUGCUCUUAAAAGAAGGAGGAUUACCGACAUAAUAAAAAAGGGUAAUGCGGAUAUGUUUUUUAUUCAAGAAUCAAAGUUAUCAAAUACGGAGGAGUUUGUCGUCAAAAGCUUAUGGAGUAAUUCGGAAAUUGGCUUUUCUUUUUCUAAUUCAGAAGGUUUGUCGGGAGGAAUUAUCUCUCUUUGGAGGACGGAUAGGGUGGAGGUUAUUUAUAGUUUUAGAGGCGAAGGUUUUUUGGGGAACAAAGUGGUGUGGAAGGAAGGGGUGUAUUAUGUGGUAAACGUUUAUUCGUCUUGUAACUUGGAGAAGAAAAAAGUUUUGUGGAGAAAUUUGUUAGAUUUGAAACGUAGGUUGUGUGAUGGGGAUUGGAUUAUUGGAGGGGAUUUCAAUGCUACUAAAAGUUCUAGUGAAAGAAAGGGUAGGAGGAAUUACGAAGGUGACAUUGGCUCCGAUUUGUUUGGAGGCUUUAUUGGGGAGAGUGGUUUGGUGGAUGUUCCUUGUAAAGGAAAGAGAUUUUCGUGGUUUAGUGGUGAUGGGAGAGCUAUGAGUAGAAUCGAUCGCUUCUUGAUUUCAAAUAGCAUUGUAAACAAGUGGGGUGUGGUGGGGCAACUUAUUGGUAAGAGAGAUAUUUCGGAUCAUAGCCCGGUGUGGUUAGUGAUGGAUGAUGUUAAUUGGGGACCAAAACCGUUCAAGUUUAACAACGAAUGGUUUUCUUUGUAUUCUUUUCUUCCUUUUGUCGAGAAAGAGUGGAAUGAUAUGGUUGUGGAGGGUAGGGGUGAUUUUGUCCUUAAAGAAAAGUUGAGAAGAUUGAAAGAUAGGUUGGUUUGGUGGAAUAAAAAUGUGUUCGGGAGAUUUGAUUUGGAAGUUGAAGAUAGUGUGAGAGAGUUAAAUUUGGGUGAUGAGGUGUUGGAAUUUGCUUCGGAAGAACUCUUUGGAGAGGCUAAUUUGAAAAGGAGAGGGGCAAACAAGAGAUUUUGGUUAAAUUUAAGAAUAAAGGAGAACAUGCUCGUUCAAAAGUCUAGGCUUAAAUGGCUAAAUGAAGGUUGUCAUACCCUAAAUUUGUCCUACCCUUAA